UAGCGAACAUGGCGGCUUAACUUUUGCAGUGAGAGAAAAAAGUCAUUUUGAGAAGAUACCUUGCCAAGAAGUGGACACCCCGGACAAGCGAGGCGAAAUGGACGUCGAAGACCAGGAAAGUCCACUCGAUGUGGGGUCGGACAGGUGCGGACUGCUGAGUGUCCACCUCGGGGAUGAGGACAGCGAUGAUGACGCUGAGGGCCAGGAGGCCUUUGAAGAUGAAGAGGGAGCCCUUCCUCCUGAUUUGAAGUGGUUAGAGGAGUUGUAUGACGAUGACCACAGCGAUGUUGACGGUGACGGUGACCUUGCGGUUGCGGCCGUGAAUGGUAAGAAGAGGCGUAAUGCCGAGACAGCGCGGAUGUUCAAGCUGAGACGAAACCUGGACCAGCUGGACUGCUUUCACCGACAGAAGGAGCUCGACGUGCUGAAAGCCAGAAAAGAGCUUGAACUCUGUCGUCAGAACAUUGAAAGCUUGACGGAGCACAGGGACGACCUGGAGAAAGAGAUCGAGCGACAGAGAGAAGCGGACAACAGUGUGGCAGUGUUUCGUUUGCGAGCCCAACAUAAGCAUCUGUGUCAAAAGCUGCAGAAUGAGGAGGAGCUGGAGGGCCACGUCAACACUGGGCUGAAGCAACAGGAACUGCUGCUGAGUGAGGUGGAGGUGGAGCUCGGCAGGUUCUCCUCGCUGCGGCAGGAGGUGCAGGAGGAGGAACGGGUCUUCAAGGCCCUAAGGAGCCAGAAGGCAGCGACAAGGCUGCAGCAGGAGAGGAAAGCCAGCCAGAACCUGCAGCUCAAGAUGCAGCACCUCAGGGAUAAACAGGCAGUCGUGCUGAAGAUGGAGGAGGCUGAAUGCCGGAAGAAGGUUGAAGAGGGCCGGGCGAGCCGCAAGAUAGCUGCCAAGUACUUGAAAGAGACCAUUAAAAGGAUGCAUCAGCAAGAGGCGGAGAAGGAGCAGCAGAACAAGGAGCUGCUGGAGAAAAGGAUACAGGCUGUCGAGUCACUGAAAUCUAACAUAGCGGCCACCCAAGAGAGCUUACGGGUCCAACAAAGCAGAGCCAAAGCGAAUGCCCAGAAGAAAGAGCAGCGACAGAGACAACUGAGAGAAUCCCUGGAGGCCCAAGGAAUCAACAGCAUCAAGCAUAUGUACCACCAGAAACAACGAGAGGAGAUAAAACGAAAACAAGCGGAAUUCGAGGAGAGGCAGAAGUCAAAGAGAGUGGAGAUUGUGGCAAAAAUCCUUCAGGAGGAACAGCUGGUAAAAAGCAGAAAGAGGCAACAGGCGCUGCUGCCCAAACCCUCAACCGGUGACAAGUUCCCAUCUCUGGGGCGAGCGAGAGAGAAGCUCCUGCGCUACCUGGAUCCCAGCUCCCCGCCAGCCGCCGAAGAGAGAACCACCGUCCAGUUGAGACAGUUCAGUGACCUCAGCAGCUCAUCGUCAGCCUCCUCUGAUGUUGAGGACCUGGAGGAAACCGUGGACCAGGAAGUGGACCACCAGAGCCUUGCUGACAGCCUGGCUGAGCCUGAGUUCUCUGGGCUGUGGGAACAGAACCACAAGAAGCUCCUGAGUGUGAAAGCACCAUUAGUGCAGACAGAAGUGAACCAGAAAGCACCGACAAUGACCAUUCCUGCUAAAAAGGUUCAUGGAAAAGAGUUGAAAGGGCCUCCAUUCAUCAGUAAACCAGAGGUCAUCCUCUUCAAGGACUUUGAAGUUGGGAUAAUGUAUAAGAAGAAAAUCGUCCUGACUAACAUCAGCUACGUCACCAACCACUGCAAGCUCCUUGGGGUCUCCGCCAAACUGAAGGAUUUCCUUUCUGUCAACUUUGAGCCUCCUGGUUCUUUAUCCACUGGGAUGUCCUGUGUCAUGCAGGCUGUCUUUAAACCUGUGAUCAACGAGGACUUGGAAGGUGAGGUCCAGUUUGCGUCCGCGGUGGGUCCCUUCUCUGUGCCCGUCAGAUGCGCCAUAAAGAGAUGCGACCUGGAGGUUGACAGCCAGCUCGUUGACUUUGGUUCGCACGUGGUGGGCCAGGCUAUUUCAUGGACGAUCACCUUGACCAACAAGGGUGCAUUGGCCACCGUGUUCAGCCUGGACACCUCCACACAUCUCAGUCCAGAAACCAGCCAUGCCCAGACGGCACCCAAGGUCUCUGCCAACACCUGCCAGGAGAAAAGCAGUCAUAACACAACAUCUGAGGACCAGAGCAGCUCUGUUUCCAUGGGCACCGGAGAACUCCAACCAAAGCAGGAAAGUCAAGAGCUCUCUGAGGCGUCGCAGCAAGAGCACCCAGAGUCGGAGGCUUCAGGUUCCAGUCCAGAAGUUAUUCCUGAGACGUGUGUGUCCACCGAUGAGCAUGUUCAGAUGGACCACAGCCACUCAGACUCUGGUGACAUAACUCUAGGAAAUGUUAGAGAAGGAGAGAUUGGACCCUUUGAAAGCCUUAAACUGGAAGUUGUUUUCACUCCAACCAUCCCAGGAGAGGCCAAACUGGACUUCCACAUCAAAUUCUCUGACUCAACUUGCAAACCAAUACCCAUCCAGGUGAGGGGAGUUGCAGUCAGUGUCCCUGUAUCUGUGGUUCAGCCCAGCGUUGACCUGAAGAUCUGCAUGUUUGACCGCCUCUAUCAAGACAGUAUCAUGGUGCAAAGCAGAGCCAGCGCUGCCCUAAAGCUGACCUUUGAGGUGUGCCCGGAAAUGAGGAGACACAUGGAGAUCCUUCCAAAGACGGGCUUCGUCCAGGCCCAAUCCAGCUUUAAUGCCCAACUCAAGUUCCUGCCGAGGAGCUCUUUAUCCAGAGACGCCGAGAGGCUUUUCGACAGCGACACGGGAGUCCUGGAGGUUCCGGUGGCGGUUCAAGUAGCAGGCCAGGUGAAGCCGGUGCAUUUCACGGUCCAAGCUGUCGUGACCUCCUCGGACCUGCAGUUCGACCGGGCCGAGGUGGACUUCGGCUUCUGUUCCGUGUACCAGUCGGUGAAGAGCAGCGUUCGCCUCACCAACCUGUCGCUGCUGCCGCAGGACUUUGGCUUCCCGGGCGUUCCCGAGUUUAUUGAGGUCCAGCCUAAUGAUGGCUUUGGCACGCUGCUCCCACAAGAGACCCUGGAGAUAGAUCUGAUCUUCAGGGCCAACAAGGCCAAAGAGUACAGCUUCCAGAUCAGCUGCAAAUCAGGAAUUGACAGAGAUUUCCCCCUGUCAUGCCGAGCGGCGGGUGUCCGCCCUCCACUGCAGCUCUCCCAUUCUCUGGUUCAGUUUGGGGCCACGGCGUUGGGCGACCGCUCCACCGCCGUGCUUUACCUGCUCGGCCAACCGACCGGCCAUAACCGGUCCAAACAGCCACUCCCUCCCGUGGUAGCGCCCAGGCUGUUCUCCUUCGCUCCGCCCGAGGAUCCAGACGUCAGCAUCACUCCUUCAGCGGGCGGCCUGCUGCCCGGAGAGAGACGUCUGGUCCAAGUGACGUUCAGACCCAGACUGUCAGACCAGGACAUCAAAGAGGAGGCGCUGCGUCUCCUCCAGCGAGCCAAGUCGCCCCGUGUGAAGGAGCAGGAGAGGAACAGACACGCUGAACAGGGGACUAAAACCGAGGUCCCAGUGGAAGCCGGUCAGAGCAGCAAGGCGUCAGAUGGCCCAAAGACAGACCAACUAACUGAAUCUCCAGAUCCUGCCGACAUACAGCCGUGGUCGGAGCAGUAUGAGGAGGCCAGGAACUCUCUGCUGCACUCCUUCGGUCCACGCUACAGGGAGUGCACCGUCCCCUGCUUCGUGUCGGACGGGGGCCCUCCGGAGGACGACCGGCAGGCCCAACCGGCAUGGAGGCCCCUCAAUACGCUGUACCUGAAGCUGCAGUGUCCGGCUGUACAGCCCCCUCUAGUGGUCGUAUCCAACAGUGGAAAGAAUCGAGUCGACUUCCAUCAGGUGGCAGUGGGUGUAAAAGUGAUCAAGAGGUUUACAGUUCAGAACAUUUCGAGGGAAACGUUGGAUCUGAGGUCGUCGGUGCUGGAUGUGCAUGGUCCUUUUUCCCUUCUGAAUGCUCUCAGAUGCUUGAGACCCGGAGACAAACACACUCUGGUUCUGGCCUUCAGUCCAUCUCUGGAGAAAAAGUACUGUGAGACUCUGGAGGUGUGUAGCCAGAAGAUGACCCUGGAGAUGACUCUCUGUGGGGAGGGCGUGGUCCUUGCCAUCACCUCCUCCCACCCUGGAGGUCUCCUUGACUUUGGCUAUGUGUUGAAGAUGGAGAGCGCCUCGCACGUCCUGAAGCUGCAGAACAGCUCAGUGGUGGCCGUGGGUUUUAGGGUGCUGCUGGCCAGCCUCGCUCCCUCAAGGCCUCAAGGUGGAGCUGACAGUGUGGCCUUCCUGCUGGGGACUUAUCCCAACUCUCAGGUCCAGCCUACUGUGGGAACCCAGAACUACAGUGGGCUGAGUGUGUUCAGUGCAGCGCCAGGAGAGGGCAGCGUUGCUCCAGGACAGAGCCUGGACGUCGUCGUCACCUUUCAGCCCGACCACUCGUCUGUCAACUAUUCCGACAGACUAACCGUGGAGCUCGUGAAUAAGAGUGAAGUGUGUGUGGUGGAUCUGAAGGGGGCCGCUUCGUCACACAACAUGUAUCUGUUUGGGGGAGACCUGCUGACGGUGCCCAUUGAAUCCCUCCUCCCUCCACUGAUAACCAGUCGACCUCACCUCACAGAGUCAGGGCUGGUGGAGAAGCCCACCAUCCCUGUGCUGGUGACCCUGCGGGCCAGCUGCAGCGCAGGGGGCGUCUCGCCCGCAGUGAGGGAGCUGCAGGUGGGCUGCAUCCGCUCCACGCAGCCCAUUAAGAAGAGUGGAGAGUUUCACUGGGAUAACAUGGCGUCUCUGCAGCAGCUCGGCUUCAGUGUGGAGCCCAGCAAAGGCACCGUGGAGUCAGGCCACAAACGCACCAUCACUGUCACAUGGACACCCCACAGUGGAUACAAGCCCUAUGAGGUAGUGCAGACAUGUUUACCUCUUACCUUGAAGGGGGAUGAGACAAAUGUUUACAGAGUCACCCUGAUGGCUUUGGUCUCCACCACUGCUGACUGACUUCUACGCUGUCUGGAUGCUGGCCAGUGGGAAAUCUGCUCACACACACACACACACUGAAACAAAACACAAGGACAUGUGGUAUGCUGUACAUGUA